AUGAAAUGGAUAUUAUUAUUUUCCAAUAAAACUUUAUUUUUAGUGGUUCGCUUAACACAGACACUGGAAAAGGGCGAAGAAUGCUUGGUAAAACACCCCUGUCUCUGUACGUGCACUGGCCGUACUGCUCGUUCCUAUGCCGCUUCUGCGCAUUCUCCAAAUCGCGCAUCCCGUCGCAAGGCAUCGACCACGCACGCAUAACCUCGGCACUCGUGCGCGAGCUCCAAACCACUCUCUCCCCAUACAAAAAAACCAGCGCCCUACACAGUAUCUACUUUGGCGGCGGCACGCCAUCGCUUGCGCGGCCACAGGAUAUCCACCAAAUCAUCGACCGCGCCAAUCACCUGGUGCCGCUGAUUCCAGGCGCCGAAAUCACGCUUGAAUCUAACCCGACACUAGCAGAGGUCGAAAAAAUGCGCGGGUUUCGUGCCGCCGGUAUUACCCGGUACUCUGUGGGCGUGCAGUCGCUGGAUGACCGGACGCUUAGUGAAAUGGGCCGCCUGCAUACGGGCGCCGAGGGUCUGGCGGCAGUCGACCGCGCGCGCGAAGUGUUCCCAGGCAGCGUCACCUUUGAUAUGAUCUACGGGUUCCCGCGGCAGACGCCAGAUCAAUGGCGGAAUGAGCUGGAAACUGCGCUGACACAUGCUGACCAGCAUAUUUCCAUUUACCAAUUGACUGUUGAACCUGGAACUCCACUGUUCAGGGACCAGCGUGCGCGCCGUAUUGCACUUCCCGUGGAUGACACGCAGGCGCGGAUGCAUGAGAUCGCCGUGGAGGCCUGUGAGGACCACGGGUUUCGCCAUUACGAGGUGUCCAGUUAUGCGAAGCACCCGGCGGCACAGAGCAGACACAAUAUGGGGUACUGGAGCGGCCAAUCGUACGUGGGUAUUGGCCCCAGCGCGCAUUCACGCUUUGUGGAUCCAAGGGACAAACAGCUGCGCAGAUCCGUGCGCUUACCAGAUACUCGCCGGUGGAUAGAGCUGUGCGAGGGCCCGGCUGCCCACGGCACCGCAACCAUAGCGGAUGUGACUAUGGCAGAGGCGAAGGCGGAAAUGGUUGUUUUUGGCCUGCGCAUGAUCGACGGCCUGGAGGACAGCGCCUUCCGCAGGCUGUCUGCCAAUGAUGGCAAUGGACAGGGACUGGAGGACUUCUUGUGUAUGGAAAAGGUACAUUCGUAUAUCGAAAUGCGGCUUUUGACAUGGGACCCGGUCGUCGGUGUUUUGAAACCGACCGAACGCGGUCUGCAGGUCAUUGACUCGGUUCUGCUUGAUAUUCUACCCGCCAUGGAAUAACUUAUUUCGUUUUCACAUGCUUGUGCUUUUUGAUAUAUAUAUUUUUUUGGUUGUGCGCGUGUAAAUAAUGACGGUGUCUGCCACGUGCGCCCGCCUUGUCAUUAAUGUGCUUUCUU